UGAGCGCCCUUACCUCAACAGCUGAUCGCUAGUGUUCUCGUGGACAUCGCACGUGAAGGAGCCUUGUUCAUUUUCCAUUCAAGUCCCUGGAAAGUUUUUUUGGGGUGGAGGUUGUGUUCGCUGAAUGCCGAUGGAAGUUCCUGUGCUUUUAUUUGUAUAAACAACAAGUAGAUCCCGAGUGAGAAUAAGUUGAUGCAAUGUUUAGAGAACCUAUUUUUUGGUUGUAAGUGAACCUUUGGAGUAUUUAAAAGUGACUUUGGAAAAACAAUGUGCAGGAGAUUGGAUAAGACCCACUGUGAAAGAAGAUGAUAUGAGAUUUAUUCGCCAGUGAUAAACAGUGUCCUCGCCAUUUUCACUACCUGGUUCCUCGGUGAAUUGUAAGGGGAGCGCGGCUCCCUUCUUUCGUUUCCCAGGCCAUGGUGCCCGAGCAUGAUCCCGUCCUGGCCACGCACCACAGCACUAUGUCAAAGGAGGCGGAAGUGCCCCCUGAACAGAUAGAACCAGUGGAUUUAAGCGUCAAAACCAGGCCCCAGAGUCAACCCAAGUCCUCCCCUUCAGUCUUCAACAAUGUCCAGCCACUCCCCCGGGUGCCGUACGGUCCCCCGAUUGACCAUUCAUCGUCCUCUAGAAUACUGGGUGACAGAGGAACCUGGCCACCCGAUCGCCCUUCUCAGACAUCUACUACCUCCAACCAGAGGUCUCGACGACCCGAAGACGACCCAGCCGCCAGUCGUCCGGGCUCCUUGAAAAAGUUCCCGCGGAUUCCAGUUUCCGAAGGAGGACAGGAACAGGUGCCAAGACUCACCUCCAGUGACUCGUCGCUCGUCAUUUCGUCUGGGGAAACGUGUGAUCCUAUUAAAAAAGAACCGUGCGAUCGCAUCCCGAGGGUUACAUGUGAUAGCGUGGCGGUUGUCUCAGAACCAGUGACCACGACCCAGAGUCCUGCCGAUGACGUUUUAGAGUCGAAGGGCCUGUCGCCGCCGUCCAAGGAGGCGAAUUGCUAUAGAAAAUAUAGUCGAAGUGCAAACCCCGCACUCCUGAAGCCAUCGCUGGUGGGCCACCAAGGUAAGAACUUGUUAGUGGCCUCCCAGACGCCGUCUACAUCCUCCACUUCCGUCCAUAGAAGUUCAAAUAUAGAACGUACCUUGCCGCUUGUAUCCUCGUCGAAUUUUUCUUUCAUAAGUACAAGAUCUCCCGAUCACUCACCUCAGCACUCUACACUAGGGGCCUUUGACAUCCCAAAUAUGCACAUGGCUUUGCCUCAGCCGAGCACUACCUUCCCGCCCAUCAGUGCCCCUGACCUUGUGACAAGUUCUGGCUCUCCCUUAAGAGGCAGUGACCCUCUCUUUCUCCAUAUGUCAAGGUUUCCUAGUUCCCUGCACUUACCUCUAGGAUUGGAUCUCACUCUGAAAUCAGAACUUGGGAAAAAUGCCAUGGAGAGCGCGUUCCAUAGUGCGGCGCCAUCCUUUUUGUCUCUCCAGAGGAUACGAGAAGCGUCUCUAGCUUUUUAUGGCAAACGUGCUCACAGCGAAAGUCCUUCUCCUCCCCUCGUGUCUGGGUCUUCCAGCGGCAACCUAACAUCAUCCCCACCGCAGACCCAAAACCUUACCUCAUCGACCAUCUCAUCUUCGCCAUCGUCAUCUUCCUCGCCCCCUUCGCCACCUGUAGUUGCCAGACCACACGGCCGUCCCCCACCCUCGUCAGCAGACUACACUGAUGCCCUGAGGCGAAGGAAAGCCCAUCGUUGUGAUUUUGAAGGAUGUGAGAAGGUCUAUACAAAAAGUUCGCAUCUGAAAGCUCAUAAGAGAACGCACACGGGCGAAAAACCAUAUCACUGCACAUGGGAUGGAUGCAAGUGGAGGUUCGCUCGAUCGGACGAGCUGACCCGCCACUUCCGCAAGCACACAGGUCAGAAGCCCUUCAAAUGCCAACUGUGCCAGCGUUCCUUCUCGCGCUCAGACCACCUCUCCCUGCACAUGAAGAGGCACUGAAGGAAGAUCCCAGUAGUCUGUGGUGGUAAAAUAUGUCUGCACGCGCAAGAAGUGAAUAGGUCUGGAACCGUAGAGCAAUGGCUAGUACGAUAAUCAGGAUGAAGAAUGAAGUUGUGAGAAGGACUGGAAUAGACCUGCAGAGGGUCUUAUGGCGGUUCCAUGACAGUUUUUUUUCUCUUAUUUUUUGGAUCACUGGAAGGAGAGACAUUCGAUCAGUAUUUGAAUUUUCAAAAGAGUUUUAGUUACUGGUAUGCUUUUCAGGAUGGAACAAAGGAAAGAUUGAAGUUGACAGUGUUCAUAUAAAUAAGUGUGCAGUUAUAUACACUGAGAUACAUUUCGCCGUUAUAGUUUGCUAUCAACGACAACUUCAGAUUUACUUGGUUUAAAAAAAAACCACAUCGAUCUCAAAAUUUGACCUCGAUUAAUAGGAAAACGUAAUGGUCAUUUUUUCCCCAUUUUUGUGAACAAUAAAUUCUCAUAAGUUACAUCAGGUGCGCAGUGAAUUUUUUUUUUCAUUUUUCUUUUUGUGUGUGUGUUUAUGGUGCUACUCGGGAGAUAUGAAAAAUAUUUGAGUAGGAAAGUACUGCAGCAAAUAUGCUGAAUUCAGUUGCAUUGUUUAACCUUCUCCAUGCAAUUGCAAACGCACAGACAUGCGCGUUUAUACACACAACUUUUGGCCAUGAAUAUUUCCUUUCGAACAUCGACACCUACUACACCCACAACCACAAUCAUAUCAUAGCAGCUGUAGCAACUGUCUGCUAUUCUGGAGUUAGCGAAUCCUACGAAAAGGGUGACACUGUCUGAGGAAAGUGUUAGUUUUAACGAAAACAGGACAUUGUGAACCCGCGGAUGGUGAGAAUAGAGACUGCGCGUGUGAUGGAGUACUUCUGUACGACUCGUAGUUUUACAUCUAAGAUUCGAGCGACGUCCAUAUUUAUACUGCCAUGUACAAUGUCAAAUGGUUUUCUGUGAUCUGUUUAUAUGUCAAUAGAUUAAGAAUAUAUUUUCUUACCAGUUUAAAGCCUUAUUAUAGAUUUUAUGUGCAGAGUUUCUAUUAUAUCUGACAAGAUUGUUGUGCGGUUCAUGCAGGAAUUAUUGUAGGGAUAAAACGCCAUGUAAAAAGUGGAAAUAAAGAAGUAAUAUAAGAU